AUGAAAGAGAAGCUAGCAAUAGCUACACAUGAGGCCGAGGAAAUCGUGGUGGUUAUCGUGGAAGAUACAGAGGAGGAUGAGGAUGAGAAACUCGUGGACAUGGUGGCCAGUCAUAUGGGACAUGAGUACAACGUUUAUCGAUUGAAGAAAGCUUUAUAUGGACUAAAGCAAGCUCCAAGAGCGUGGAACAUGAGAAUGGAUGAAUACUUCCAAAGAAAUGAGUUCAUGAAGAGUCCAUCGAAGAAAAAUGAAGAUGGUGAUAUCAUGAUUGUGUGCUUAUAUGUAGACUACAUGAUUUUCACAGCAAAUAAUCCAAGAUUUUCAUGGUCAUCAAAGAAGCAACAAACGAUGGCUCUUUCGAAAUGUGAAGGUAAUACAUAUCCGCUUCAUCAUGCACUUGCCAAACAAUAUGGUUAA